UGUGUAUUUGGCCAUCCCACCUUUCCUGGAGCAGGACUGGGUGACCUAAUCCUCCUCACCCUUCACACUGGAGAGGUUUACUGGAACUUGCCAGGACAGAGGACAGAGGAAGAAUGUCAGACACACUUUUGAUCUACAGUUUCCCAGUUACCUUCGAAAUCUGUGUCCCUUCAUAACACUCCUUUCCUAAAGCUGACAUUGUGGGAGUAGUUGCUGUCUGCUGUGGGCAGCAUUCAGAGGAAGAUAGACUGGAGCUUCAGUACUCAAUGGAAGGAGAGGCCCUGCAUCGCCCCUACGGCUGCGACGUCGAGCCCCAGGCACUGAACGAAGCCAUCAGGUGGAGCUCCAAGGAGAACCUGCUUGGAGCCACUGAGAGCGAUCCCAAUCUCUUUGUUGCACUUUAUGAUUUUGUAGCAAGUGGUGACAACACACUCAGCAUCACCAAAGGUGAGAAGUUGCGAGUCCUGGGUUACAACCAGAAUGGUGAAUGGAGUGAGGUACGUUCAAAGAAUGGGCAGGGCUGGGUACCAAGCAACUACAUCACCCCAGUGAACAGCCUGGAGAAGCACUCGUGGUACCACGGGCCCGUGUCCCGCAGCGCAGCCGAGUAUCUGCUCAGCAGCCUCAUCAAUGGCAGCUUCCUGGUCCGGGAGAGCGAGAGCAGCCCAGGGCAGCUGUCCAUCUCGCUCAGGUACGAAGGACGUGUUUACCACUACAGGAUCAACACCACCUCAGAUGGCAAGGUCUAUGUGACAGCAGAAAGCCGUUUCAGCACCCUGGCAGAGCUGGUGCACCAUCACUCGACGGUGGCAGAUGGCCUGGUGACAACUCUGCACUACCCAGCCCCCAAGUGCAAUAAGCCCACGGUGUAUGGAGUGUCCCCCAUCCAUGACAAGUGGGAGAUGGAGCGCACCGACAUCACCAUGAAGCACAAGCUCGGGGGAGGGCAGUAUGGAGAGGUCUACGUGGGGGUCUGGAAGAAAUACAAUCUCACAGUGGCUGUGAAAACCUUAAAGGAAGAUACCAUGGAGGUGGAAGAGUUCUUGAAAGAAGCUGCUGUGAUGAAGGAGAUCAAGCACCCAAAUCUAGUGCAGUUGUUAGGUGUGUGCACCCUGGAGCCCCCGUUUUACAUCGUGACGGAGUACAUGCCCUACGGGAACCUGCUGGACUACCUGCGCGAGUGCAACCGCGAGGAGGUCAGCGCCGUCGUGCUGCUCUACAUGGCCACCCAGAUCUCCUCUGCCAUGGAGUACCUGGAGAAGAAGAACUUCAUCCACAGAGACCUGGCAGCACGGAACUGCUUAGUUGGAGAAAACCACGUGGUGAAGGUGGCUGACUUUGGCUUGAGUCGACUCAUGACUGGUGAUACCUACACAGCCCAUGCUGGGGCCAAGUUCCCAAUCAAAUGGACAGCUCCUGAGAGCCUGGCCUACAACACCUUUUCAAUCAAAUCAGAUGUGUGGGCCUUUGGGGUGCUGUUAUGGGAAAUUGCUACCUAUGGGAUGUCACCAUACCCAGGCAUUGACCUCUCUCAGGUGUAUGAUCUGCUGGAAAAGGGCUAUCGGAUGGAGCAGCCAGAGGGGUGCCCUCCCAAGGUGUAUGAACUGAUGAGGGCAUGCUGGAAGUGGAACCCACCAGACCGACCUUCCUUUGCUGAGACCCACCAGGCUUUUGAAACCAUGUUCCAUGACUCGAGCAUCUCAGAGGAGGUAGCAGAGGAGCUUGGAAGAACAGCCUCAUCCUCAUCCAUAGUUCCUUACCUGCCCCGCUUACCCAUGCUUCCCUCCAAGACAAGAACCCUGAAGAAACAGGCAGAGAACAAGGAGAACAUUGAGGGGACACAGGACACUGUGGAGCACUCAGCAUCCAGCUCAGCACCAGGUUUCAUCAGAAGCACACAGCCAGCAGGUGGGUCCCCUGCGCUGCCCCGCAAGCAGAGGGACAAGUCCCCCAGCAGCCUCCUGGAGGAUGCCAAAGAGACCACGUUCACCAGGGACAGGAAAGGGGGCUUCUUCAGCUCCUUCAUGAAGAAGAGGAAUGCUCCCACGCCUCCCAAGCGCAGCAGCUCCUUCCGGGAGAUGGAGAACCAGCCCCAUAAGAAAUAUGAGCUGACGGGUAACUUUUCCUCUGUCGCUUCCUUGCAGCAGGUGGACGGGUUCUCCUUUGCUCCCGUGCAGCAGGACACGAGCCUGGCACCCCCCAAGUGCUAUGGAGGGGGCUUUGUGCAGAGGACCUUCUACAGCGAGGAGGGCACUGGGUCCAGCAGUGCUGGGGGUGUGAGCACUGGUGGAGGGUGGUCGGGCAUCACUGGCUUCUUCACGCCACGCUUGAUUAAAAAGACGCUAGGUUUACGAGCGGGAAAACCCACUGGCAACGAAGAAGCUUCAAAGCCUUUUCCAAGGUCAAACUCUACAUCUUCCAUGUCCUCAGGGCUUCCAGAGCAGGAUAGGAUGGCAAUGACCCUUCCCAGAAAUUCCCAGAGGUCAAAAAUUCAGCUAGAACGGACUGUGUCCACCUCCUCCCAGCCCGAUGAGAGCACAGAUAGGGCCAGUGACCUGAUUCCCAAAAGGUUUGAAGAAGGCCCUGCUUUGACCAGAGAGAGACCAAAAGCAAAACUCUUGCCAAGGGGUGCCACAGCGCUCCCUUUUCGAACUCCCUCCGCGUCAGAAGAAAAGGAGGGUCCAGGGCUAGUGGCAGCUCCUAAGGGCAAGGAAAAAAACAGUGGCCCACGACAAGGGGCCCUUGAGGAUGGCGAGAGGCCGGGGUGGUCAUCUCCGGUUAAGGCUGCAGCAAUACUUCCAACCACUCAUAACCACAAAGUGCCAGUCCUAAUCUCACCCACUCUAAAACACACUCCAGCAGACGUGCAGCUCAUUGGCACAGACUCUCAGGGUAAUAAAUUUAAGCUCUUAUCUGAGCAUCAGGUCACUUCUUCCGGCGACAGGGACCGGCCCAGACGGGUAAAACCAAAGUGUGCUCCACCUCCACCACCGGUGAUGCGGCUCCUCCAGCAGCCAGCUGCCUGCUCGGACGCAGCAGAAGAGCUGAGCAGCGCGGCGGGAGCGCAGCACGGACUGGAAUCCAACGAAGGGAGUAAGAAGGCAGCAGCACCUGUUGGUGGAAAAUCCGGGAGGCCCGUGAUGCCUCCGCCCCAAGUGCCUCUGUCAUCGUCUUCCACCUCCCCAGUGAAAAUGGCCAACGGCACGGCUGGCGCCAAGGUAGCGCUGAGAAAGACCAAACAGGCGGCUGAGAAAAUCCCCGCAGACAAGAUCAGCAAGGAGGCGCUGCUGGAGUGCGCCGAUCUCCUGUCCAGCGCCAUCGCCGAGCCCACGCCCAACAGCCAGCUGGUGGACACGGGGCACCAGCUGCUGGAUUACUGCUCAGGCUACGUGGACUGCAUCCCCCACACGCGCAACAAAUUCGCCUUCCGGGAAGCCGUGAGCAAACUGGAACUCAGCCUGCAGGAGCUGCAGGUGUCCUCGACAGCUGCUGGCGUCCAUGGGGCGAACCCCGUCCUUAAUAACUUAUUGUCAUGUGUCCAAGAAAUCAGUGAUGUGGUGCAAAGGUAGCUACUGUCAAUCUGGGUAAGAGAAACACACAUGGGGAGGGCGGGACUGUUUUUCUGUACUGAUGCUUUCAAAAGGAAAGACUGAUACUUGAGUAUGUGAAGUACCUCAGAUCACUGAGUUCUCCUCACGUUUACAGGUUCAUCUCAAAAAAUUGGGGAUGGAGAGGGUAGAUUAAAGCUGUAAGGGGCAGAACAUCAAGGAUCUGUCCCUACCUAGUCAGGCUGAUCUGCUUGAUAUGACAAGGGAAAGAAAGUUCCUUCUCCUCCCCUGGAGAGGCAGGAGAACCAAGGGCAGGUUCUCCCUCUGGGCAGGACGGUGGUGACAGCCGGAGCCCUGGGCUGGCUACAGCUGCCUGGCUGCACAGAUCCCACCCUGCUGCACUCACCUGUGCUUUGCUGUCCUGACAAGGCCAAGGAAAGGCACUGGGGCUCUGCUGGUACCAAGGGCAGAGCAGCCGGAGCAGCUCCAGAGGGGGGUCAUGUACAGCUGGGGGAAAGGUCUAAUGCACUGACAGUAUUCAGAGCUGCUGGAGGUGGAUGCACUGGUCUGGAUGGCUUAAUUUCCACAGCACUGUUUCUGCUGUAAUGAGAACUACAAGAUUGGUUAAUGUAUGAAACUGUCCCUUUUCCCUCCUGUCCACCUCAUCCACCAUGUUCUCAUCAUCAUUGUAUUGGAAGUGUCAGGGAUGCUGGGCAGACUUACCACUGGAAUUCCCUCUUCCCACCACACAGCCUUCACUCAGCUGAUUUCUAGUGGUCUAGCACAGGUGCUGCUUGAUGGUCAUUUUUGAGUAGUUUGGGGCUCUUGCACAACUUGCCAGUGUUGUUGUUGGGGUGGGUGGGUGGGUUCUUCCUUUUCUUUAAGCUCUAGAUUGUUUUUAACUUGUCACCACGUUUUACCCCCCAGUUCAGUGUGAUCACCGUGAGGACCCGUGGUAGGUAAGGCAGAGCCUCUGCCUCCCUGGCUGUUCUCCACAUUCCUUUGGCAGUCACAGCACUGCAGGGCCAGCUGGAGAACCAGAAAGUACAGCCCAGCCUGCCCACCACAUGUCCUUACUGCUGCAGGAUUCCCUGGACCUGUCCCUUACCCUUCACAUUGCCAGAUUCCUGGGAUUUGUUCUACUGUUUACCUGUCUCACAGGCUUCCAGCUUCACUGCAUCCCAAGGUGAUAAAGUAUGGCAGCACACAGGAAACACCACAGGCAUCUCCAUGGAUUUCUUCCCAUAUUUUAAAGGCUAGACCAGAAUCCUACACUGUGGUGUAGGGAAUGUGCACAUAACCUGUGCACUGCUGUGCCUGAGGCAUGGCAACAAAAGCUGUGGCUCUGCCUUGAAGGGCUCCCAGUGAGUCUCUGAUGCCUUCUAACAACCCCAGAAUGAGAGCAGCUGAGUGGUUGGCAUUGUCAUCCUUGGUCCUGGUGCUGUUUGUUGUGGCCUCAAAAAGCUGGUCUGUGUCUAUGCCCAACUCCCCAAGGUGUAAAUGUACUGGCAAGUAGGAAGAGCUCAGUUGCUGGUUUGUGAGAGGAAAGGAAACAGGCCUGAAACCCGGCUCCAGAUACACCUUACCUGCAUGCUGCUGCUCACUUCACACUGCUGGUGAUGAGGACCUUGCUUGCUUUCCACCUUAAGCCUUUAUUUUUUUUUCACUAAAACACUUUCUAAACUUGUUUUUCAAGGGUGGCUGUGCUGCUUUUAGUCUGAGCAUUUAGAGUGGAGCUGUGGCACAGGUGUGACUUUAGAAGAUGGGCACUUUGUUUCUGUCUAGAAGCACAUGGUGGUGCUUGGGAGCAGGCCCAGGAAGUGAAGUGCUGGGGUGGGAAAGAACCAAGCAACCCCUUGUGCUGGCAAGUCCUGAUCCCCUGCAGCCCUGGGGCUGUCCCAGGGCUCUUCCACAGGCAGAGUACCAACCCCUUAUCUCCUAGACUUUGCUGAGGGCUUUUGUGGUUUACCUUAUCUCUUUCAGUCAUCUCUGUGGAAGGUGUGCAUCCAAACUGACGGCCUUUGGAAAGGUGACCUGCAAAGGGAAGGUGGCUUGUGGCAUUGCUUCACAUGGCCUGUCAAACAAUCAGAAGGAUUUAGAAGGUGGGGGGCUCUCUUCUUGGGGGCAGAAGGGCAGAUCUUGCUUAGCAUGGCAGACCAUGACAUGGUUCCAUGAUUGUACUGCUGCUCAGCCUGGGACAAAUGGGCUGGAACUGAAGGGAUUCCAGUGGAAAGGAAUUUUAACCAGAACAUUUUAAAGUUUAACCCAAUUCUGAUGAACAUUUUGAAAUAAGCCUUUUUUUUUUUUUUUCCUAAAUGCCAGUCUUCCAGAAAAGCUACAGCAAAAGUGGUAGAAUAGCAAUAUGGAAUUUCUCACUACUAGAACUCCCCUCUUGCAGCCGUCUCUUAAGAAAGCAGCUGUGUCCCAAUGGACACUGUGGGCCAUCCCCACUUCCUUUCAGGUGCCCCAUUUUCUCCUUGCCCCUGCAGCAGAGAUGGGCAGUGGGACAGGCCAGCAUCCAACUGCUUUUCCAGAGUCACAGAAUGGCUGAGGUUGGAGGGAACUCUGGAGGUCACCUGGUCCAAACACUCUUCCCAAGCAGGGCCACCAAGAGUCACCUGUGAGGACAAUGUCCAGGCAGCUUUUGGGCAUCUCCAAGCACGGAGACUCUACAACCCCUGUGCCCAACACAGGAGCCCCUUUAGUGCAGACCCCUCCUCUGGGUCAAAAAAAUCGAAGGCUGGUGGAAUUUGGGGAUUGUCACUCUCAUGGGAAGUGUUUUCCCUGCCCUUACCUAUCAUCUAACAUCAGGUAGGCAGAUUGUGGCAGAGGUGGUGCUGACUUGUCAGGUUUUUUUUCCCCCUAAAUUGAAGGCCAUGGAAUUGGUGGGACUUCUGCUGCCCUAGAGUGUUUUAUUCCCAAACUGCAAUGCUCCCCUGCCCUCUGGCAGGAUAGCAAAAGGAAUCUGGGAAAGCUGGUUCUGCUGUAAAUUACCAUCCACUUGUGUUUCCUUCCACUGCUGCUUCUAAAACUUCUACCAUUCCCUCUCCCUUUAGCUAGGUCUGCCUUUCUCUUCAGCCUUAAAGUUCUCCACUGUGGCCAGUUCUCUGUUUUCAGCCUGGCACCAGAUGUGCAAAGGAACAAAUGGGGGUGCUGAUACCCCUUUAUUUGUCCCAGCGAAGAGCACUUCAUGCUCCAUGGUUUGGGGCAGGGGACAAGGCAGAAGGCCUGUUGCUUCUUCUCCUCAGCACUGUCAGACAGCUGUGGGGCACAGCUGGAGCUGGGCUGGCUCUCUUGCACUGCUGUGGGCCAGAAUUUAAGGCAGUUGUCUUUGCCAUGGGGAAGGCACCUGUGGGCCUGGUACUGCCAAGCACAAAGCACAGAGUCAGCUCAGGGGGGCACUUUCUCUUCCUACCACUGUGGGAAUUAGCUGACUCACAGGUGCAAUUCUCUCUUCUUCCUGCACUGCACACCCUUCUUAACCCCAAAGUGCUGCACUUGGUUUAGUCAUGUUCUUCAUUAGUGGGGGCAGGGCUGAAGCUGAGCUAGGAGUCUGGGUCUUGGGACUGCACCAGAUUCAGCCAGUGGGAAAAGGGGAAUUGAAGGGAGCAGCGUGGCUGAUGCAGAACACAGCAGGGAGAGAGGAGAGGCUGUGCUUGUCUUUCUCAGGACUUUCUCCUGGGUGCCACUGGCCUUGUGUCUGUGAGACACCGCCAAACACGAGGGCUGACAUCUGUCAGGGUUCUUUGGAGGAGCUGUGGGGCACAGGGAGCCAAACCCCACAGUGGAGCCAGAGCAGCCCCUUGCCACCAGGCAGAGGUGUGGGUGGGUCACACUGCAGCCGCAGAGCAAUCCCAGCCCUCGUGUCCUACCUUUCCCUGAGGCAGGCUUGUCCUCCAGGGCAUCCACAGGCAUCCGUGACUCCACAGGAUGGUGGUCCCAAAGCCAUCAGGCUGCUGCCUUCUCUGGGACACGCUCAGCUCAGCCCUGCUGCCUUCUCUGGGACACACUCAGCUCAGCCCUGCUGCUCACCAGGAGCAAGCAGGGAGACUUAAAGGGAACUGCAGCAUGUGUGGAGGCUGCUGGGGUGGUGCUGCACAUCCCUGGAGUGUGGAACAAAGCCCUCAGCCCAUUCUCUGGGACACUGACUUGUUUCUCCCAGCUCCAGGCUAAGCAAUGUCUGUACCAAAGGAGGUCGUUCUUCCCCAUGUGUCUGUUGUGCACGGGAGGUGGAGCCUGCUCGGCUCACAUGGCACUGUGUGUAUUGGUAGUGAACUUGUUGAGGGCAGGAAUGGAUUGAAAUGAAUCACGUUAAUCACCAAUCACUCUUAGCAGUGUUGUCAACUGUUUUUGUUUUUUAAUUGUUAUUGUAAUAUAUUUUGGUUGUUUUUCUAAUUUAAUUCUCUCACUAUCGUCUGACUGUGAACUGCGAACAGUGUUAAACUUGAUGUAAAUAAGGCCCUUGGAAGGGCCUCUUUGCCUGUCGUUCCACAAAGUUUUGCCAAUUUGCAUUUUGUUUUAAAUAAAGGUUGCAAUAUUUUAUUGGCAAAAACCACUUGAGUAGAUGCUGGGGCAUUUUUCCCCUUUAAUGAAUAUUUGAAACUGCUCAGUCCUAACCAGAAGCCCUUUCAUUUGGGUAGAAAAUUGUUAAAAAAGAGAGACAGUUUAAUUCUACCACGUUGCAAGAAAAGCAGUAUCUUUAUUUAUGUGGUAUCUAUUUAUAACCAAACUGUUGCCUCUGGCGUGGUAAGAGAGCAACUGUUGCUGCUGUGAGGCAGAUCAGAGCUCACCCAGGUGUGACACACACACUGGUGACCCAGCAGAGUGCAGCUCUGGCCUCGCCCUCGUCAAUGUCACCAGCACCUCCCUCAGCAGCCACAGCCAGAGCUGCUCCAUGCCCACCUCAAACCAGUCCCCCUGCCACCCCAGCCUGUGGCAGCCUAACCCAGCUGAACACUUCUUGACAUUCAGGAAAAAUCCUGGGUUAUCCUGACUUGCACACACAACCUUUACUCCACUAACCUUCAGUACACAGCUUGCUAAACUUCCUUCCCAGGUGACCAAACACAACCCAGGCUGUGUCCUGUGAGGCAGCAGCCUCUCUGCCCCAGCUGAGUGGAACCAUCACUCCAAUGGUUCCCAGGUUUCUGACACCUGGGAUUAACCAUAAACCAAGUUUCAGAAAUGCCUGAUCACCCCUGCUGGCACAGCCCCAGGCUCCAUUCCACACAGCUAGGUUAAGGCACCUGCACUGGCUGAGCAGUGGGAGAGCAGCUGGCUUAUCUCUGACUGGGACUGUGACACCUCCUCAGGUAACAGAGCCAGUGUGCCCGAGGGAAGCAGGGACUCAAAGUCUGCAGGGCCCGGACGAGUCUGUCUGGUCAGUCUUCCCCAGAGGUCACACUGCUCAUCACUGGCACCACAAAAUGGGUCAGAGCUUAAAAUAGACCAAAGGUCCCCCGUGGGGGUGGCUGGGAAGCCAAACCCUGUCCUUGGCAGGGGCUGUUUCACUCCUCGCCAGCACAGCCCUGUUGGAAGGGAGUUUUGACCCAGAGGUCACAGAGCGAUUCCCGUAACACUGAUGAAAUGUUUUGGAGCUGCUGCAACACACUUAUCACCUGGCCAGUACCCAGACAGCAAACAGCCCCUUGUAGUAGUAAUAAUAAUAAUAAUAAUAAUAAUGCUGAUGCCAGCCAAAAAGCCACAGCAUGAAAUGUACUGAAGACAAAAAAAAAAAAAAAAAAAAAAAAAAAGGAAGGAAAAAC